UUUGUCACCGAUACGUUUUUUCCUACAUUUGACGAUUCUGUUACAUGGGCUGAUGGUGUUUCUAUAAAAUUGGGAUUUAUAUUGGUGAAAUCGUCUUAUAACAAAACCAGAGAUGGUCGGCCGUAUCGGUAUUUGCGAUGUGAUCGGUCACGAAGGAGCAAGCCGAGAGAUUUGGAGAACGCGAUACGGAUGGACACCAAAACCAAAGCUAAUGGUUGUCCAUUCUACAUCAAGAUAUAUUAUGAUGUCAGCACCGAAAGUUGGAAGAUCAUUGCGAAAAAUGAUCACACCGGGACACAUAACCACCCAAUGAUUGUGUACCCAUAGGGUCACCGUAAAGUGAGCGGAUUGAGUCCGGGUGCAAAACAGGUUGUGCGGGACAUGACAAAGUCCAAGGUUGCUCCCCGUAACAUCAUGUCCACUAUUGCCGAGCAAUUUCCUGAUGAUCAUCCAAACAUCCGACACAUUUACAAUUGCCGAAAUGACUUCAGGAUGGAAAUGUCCGAAGGAAGAGGAGUUGUUCAGCAAUUUCUUCAUCUGGCGAGAGAGAGUAAAUACAUUUACUGGUUCACAAACGAUGAUCACAACGUUUUGCAACAUGCAUUUAUGGUGCACCCGAUCAUGGUCAACAUACUCCGCACAUACCCACAUGUCAUAGGUAUGGAUUCUACUUACAAGACCAAUCGAUAUAACAUGCCUUUCUUUGAGAUAGUAGGCGUGACACCGACAAACCAGAAUUUUCUAGUUGGAUAUGUUUUCAUGCGCGACGAGUGCACGGCUAGCUAUCGGUGGGUGUUGCAGAGAUUAAGGGAGUUGAUUGGGUUUGAUAAAGAGCCAUCUGUAUUUAUUUCAGACCGUGAUCUUGGGCUAUGUGCGGCUUUGAGAGAAGUCUUUCCAGGGACGUCACAUUUACUCUGUCUAUGGCACAUCAACAGAGAUGUGGAGGCUAAGGUGACGAAGAUGUUUGGAAACAAGACGGUUGGUGUCAGUUUUAGAGCUGGGAGAUGGUUCAAAAUCGUGAAUGCAACAACACAGGCGGAGUAUGAUUGUGCUCUAACUGCCAUGCAAGUGAGGUGGGGAAAAUAUCCGGAAGUGAUUCAGUAUGUUCAGAGAACUUGGCUUUGUCAUAAGGAGAAAUUUGUGAAAUUUUGGACGAACCAGGUUCUUCAUUUUGGUAACACCACCAACUGCAGAGUUGAGAGCCAACAUUCAGCAGUGAAAACUUGGUUAGAAUCAUCCACAGGUGCUUUGGAUACCGUAUGGGCCCGAGUCCAAUGUCAUAUCGGUAAUCGCAUGAUACAAAUUCGUAAUGACUUGGAGGCAUCAAGGUCUAAAAUUGGUCAGAUGUACAGACAGUUGCCACUGUCACGUAUAAAUGGCAAAGUGUCUCAACAUUGCUUGAAAGUUCUGGAUAACGAGACGAAAAGGAUGCGGGAUUUGAGUUAUCAGGUCAAUGAACGGUGUGGAUGUGCUAUGUGUCUAACCCAUGGUCUUCCAUGUGCUUGCCAGAUACAUGAUUCGAUAGUUGCACAGACAGGAUUGUAUAGCAGCCAAAUUCAUUCUUUCUGGAAGAUACUGGUUAUUGGUGAUGGUGUUAGCAUUCCUGAAGUGGUAAAUGAUUCGACCGAGGAGGCUGCACAUUUUCGGUCCCUAAUCGACGAAGUCAUGGAAAGUGACCCGGCCGUACGUCGAAAUGUAACGCGAAUCAUUGAAGAGGAGCUACAUCCAGAUCAUUCACACCUUGAAGAACCACAUAUCAACCUUAACACUCGUGGUCGACCGAAAAGAAAUAACACCAGGCGUGAUCGUAGCUAUUUCGAGCAUGUGAACCGUCAACACACUCAACGUGGUGGUGACCCAGAACCAGAUCCAAGUGACAUUAGUCAAUGCAGGUAUUUGAACUUGCUUCCAGCCCCAAUGUUGCCGUACAUUUCGUCUUGGAAGGAUGUCAUUUGUGAUGGGAACUGUGGCUUUCGUUGUGUUGCCGACUUCUUCUUUGGCGAUCAAAAUAAGUGGUUUGACGUUCGGGAAACAAUAGCGAACGAGGUCGCUGGUCAUCCUGAUUUGUACGAACGGAUUUACGGGCUUGGGCGAAUUUGGAUGAACGUGGAGCGUAUUCGAUGGGAUGGUGGGGCUGUCGGGGAGCGACAUUGGAUGGUUACAAUUCAAGAUUUAUUUCCUAUUGCUACGUGGUUAACGCAAGGGUGA